GUCCGAGCAGCUAGGCAGCGGACUGUAGUAUAACCCCAGAGCUCACCUGAGGACCCCGAAAACUAACGUUUCCCCACGAGGCAGCGUGGGCGCCAUGAACAACACAGGACUGAAUUCGGAGAAGGUAGCUGCUCUGAUCCAUAAACUAAAUUCCGACCCUCAGUUCGUACUUGCCCAGAAUGUUGGGACCACUCAUGAUCUGUUGGACAUCUGUCACACGGUGCAGGGUGCUCAGCAUGUGUUCCAGCACGUUGUGCCUCAGGAAGGCAAGCCAGUCACCAACCAGAAGAGCUCUGGACGAUGCUGGAUAUUUUCUUGUUUGAAUGUUAUGAGACUUCCGUUCAUGAAAAAAUUUAAUAUUGAAGAAUUUGAGUUUAGUCAAUCUUACCUGUUUUUUUGGGACAAGGUUGAACGCUGUUAUUUCUUCUUGAACGCUUUCGUGGACACAGCCCAGAAAAAGGAGCCUGAAGAUGGUAGACUGGUGCAGUAUUUACUUAUGAACCCUACCAAUGAUGGUGGACAAUGGGAUAUGCUUGUCAAUAUUGUUGAAAAAUACGGUGUUGUCCCCAAGAAAUGCUUUCCUGAAUCUCAUACAACAGAGGCAAGCAGAAGAAUGAAUGAUAUUCUGAAUCACAAGAUGAGAGAAUUCUGUAUACGGCUACGGAACCUGGUGCACAGUGGAGCAACCAAAGGGGAGAUCUCAUUUACACAAGAUGCCAUGAUGGAGGAGAUAUUCCGAGUGGUGUGCAUCUGUUUGGGUAACCCACCAGAGACCUUCACCUGGGAGUAUCGAAACAAGGAUAAAAAUUACCAUAAGAUUGGCCCCAUCACACCCUUGCAAUUUUACCAGGAGCACGUGAAGCCACUCUUCAAUAUGGAAGAUAAGAUUUGUUUUGUGAAUGACCCACGGCCCCAGCACAAGUACAAUAGAUUGUACACAGUAGACUACUUGAGCAAUAUGGUUGGAGGGAGAAAAACGCUGUAUAACAACCAGCCCAUUGACUUCUUGAAAAAGAUGGUUGCUGCCUCCAUCAAAGAUGGAGAGGCUGUGUGGUUUGGCUGUGAUGUUGGAAAACACUUCAAUGGCAAGCUGGGCCUCAGUGACAUGAAUGUCUAUGACCAUGAGUUAGUGUUUGGUGUCUCCUUGAAGAACAUGAACAAAGCUGAGAGGCUGGCCUUCGGUGGGUCACUCAUGACCCACGCCAUGACCUUCACUGCUGUCUCAGAGAAGGAUGAUCAGGAUAGUGUAUUUCUGAAAUGGAGAGUAGAGAAUUCCUGGGGUGAAGACCACGGCCACAAAGGUUACCUGUGCAUGACCGAUGAGUGGUUCUCUGAGUAUGUCUACGAGGUGGUGGUGGACAGGAAGCACGUCCCGGAAGAGGUGCUGGCUGUGUUAGAGCAGGAGCCCAUCGUCCUGCAGGCAUGGGACCCCAUGGGGGCCUUGGCUGAGUGAGUGGCACUGCCUCCAGCUCUUUCCUCCUCCCAUGGCAUCGGAUGUAGCUGCCAAGGACAGAUC